UUGAGAUGUCUACUAAAGAACAUGGUUCCACAAGCCAUCCUUCAUUGGAUAGUACAGCUGUGGUCUCAACUGCAGAAGAUCAUAUUUCUACACCAUUCACAACUACAAACUCCCCCAAGACAACUGAAUCAUUGAAGUCACCCUCCACUACACAAAUAACAUCCUACCCUGUUAUUACAGGACAAGACGUAACUGUAAAUCAAACCCAAAGCACAACCAUCACAACCCCAAUGGAGUCGCAAACAACUGAGUUAAACAGUCCAACCACCAACAUAUUGUCAACAUCGGGUAUGUCACAAUCCACUUUGGAAAUGUCUUCAGCUGAAAUGGCUACUGGAGAACACAGGUCAACAAGAACAAGCCAAUCGUCAAUGGAAAGUACAGCUGUGGUCUCAACUGCAGAAGAAAAUCUUUCCACACCAUUCACAACUACAAACUCCACAAAGACAAUGGAAUCAGUGACGUCCUCCUCCACUACAGACAUAACCUUCCAACCUCUUAUUACAACAGAAAACGGAACUGCAACGCAAACCCAAAACACACCAAUCUCCACCUCAAUGGAGUCUCAAAGGACUCAACAUACGAGUCCAACCAACAAUAGAUUGUCAACAUCAAGUAUGUCACAAUCAACUUUGGAAAUAUCUUCAACAGAGAUGACAAGUGAAAACAUUGGGUCCACAAGUACAAGGCAAACUUCAAUGGAAAUGACAGAUAUGGUCUCAACACCAGAAAGUAGUGUGUCGACACCAUUCCCAACUACAAACUCUCCGACAACAACUGAAUCAUUGCCGACCCCCUCCACUACACAUAUAACAUCCUCACCUAUUAUUACAGGACAAGACGUAACUGUAAAUCAAACCCAAAGCACAUCAAUCUCUACCACAAUGGAGUCUCAAAUAACUGAAGACAACAGUCCAACCACCAACAAAUUGUCAACUUCAGGAAUGUCACUAUCCACUUCGGAGAUGUCUUCAAUUGAGAUGUCUACUAAAGAACAUGGUUCCACAAGCCAUCCUUCAUUGGAUAGUACAGCUGUGGUCUCAACUGCAGAAUAUCAUAUUUCUACACCAUUCACAACUACAAACUCCCCCAAGACAACUGAAUCAUUGAAGUCACCCUCCACUACACAUAUAACAUCCUACCCUGUUAUUACAGGACAAGACGUAACUGUAAAUCAAACCCAAAGCACAACCAUCAUAACCCCAAUGGAGUCGCAAACAACUGAGUUCAACAGUCCAACCACCAACAUAUUGUCAACAUCGGGUAUGUCACAAUCCACUUUGGAAAUGUCUUCAGCUGAAAUGGCUACUGGAGAACACAGGUCAACAAGAACAAGCCAAUCGUCAAUGGAAAGUACAGCUGUGGUCUCAACUGCAGAAGAAAAUCUUUCCACACCAUUCACAACUACAAACUCCACAAAGACAAUGGAAUCAGUGACGUCCUCCUCCACUACAGACAUAACCUUCCAACCUCUUAUUACAACAGAAAACGGAACUGCAACGCAAACCCAAAACACACCAAUCUCCACCUCAAUGGAGUCUCAAAGGACUCAACAUACGAGUCCAACCAACAAUAGAUUGUCAACAUCAAGUAUGUCACAAUCAACUUUGGAAAUAUCUUCAACAGAGAUGACAAGUGAAAACAUUGGGUCCACAAGUACAAGGCAAACUUCAAUGGAAAUGACAGAUUUGGUCUCAACCCCAGAAAGUAGUGUGUCGACACCAUUCACAACUACAAACUCUCCGACAACAACUGAAUCAUUGCCGACCCCCUCCACUACACAUAUAACAUCCUCACCUAUUAUUACAGGACAAGACGUAACUGUAAAUCAAACCCAAAGCACAUCAAUCCCUACCACAAUGGAGUCUCAAAUAACUGAAGACAACAGUCCAACCACCAACAAAUUGUCAACUUCAGGAAUGUCACAAUCCACUUCGGAGAUGUCUUCAAUUGAGAUGUCUACUAAAGAACAUGGUUCCACAAGACAUCCUUCAUUGGAUAGUACAGCUGUGGUCUCAACUGCAGAAGAUCAUAUUUCUACACCAUUCACAACUACAAACUCCCCCAAGACAACUGAAUCAUUGAAGUCACCCUCCACUACACAUGUAACAUCCUACCCUGUUAUUACAGGACAAGACGUAACUGUAAAUCAAACCCAAAGCACAACCAUCACAACCCCAAUGGAGUCGCAAACAACUGAGUACAACAGUCCAACCACCAACAUAUUGUCAACAUCGGGUAUGUCACAAUCCACUUUGGAAAUGUCUUCAGCUGAAAUGGCUACUGGAGAACACAGGUCAACAAGAACAAGCCAAUCGUCAAUGGAAAGUACAGCUGUGGUCUCAACUGCAGAAGAAAAUCUUUCCACACCAUUCACAACUACAAACUCCACAAAGACAAUGGAAUCAGUGACGUCCUCCUCCACUACAGACAUAACCUUCCAACCUCUUAUUACAACAGAAAACGGAACUGCAACGCAAACCCAAAACACACCAAUCCCCACCUCAAUGGAGUCUCAAAGGACUCAACAAACGAGUCCAACCAACAAUAGAUUGUCAACAUCAAGUUUGUCACAAUCAACUUUGGAAAUAUCUUCAACAGAGAUGACAAGUGAAAACAUUGGGUCCACAAGUACAAGGCAAACUUCAAUGGAAAUGACAGAUAUGGUCUCAACCCCAGAAAGUAGUGUGUCGACACCAUUCACAACUACAAACUCUCCGACAACAACUGAAUCAUUGCCGACCCCCUCCACUACACAUAUAACAUCCUCACCUAUUAUUACAGGACAAGACGUAACUGUAAAUCAAACCCAAAGCACAUCAAUCCCUACCACAAUGGAGUCUCAAAUAACUGAAGACAACAGUCCAACCACCAACAAAUUGUCAACUUCAGGAAUGUCACAAACCACUGUUGACAUUUCUUCCGCUGUGGCAACCACUGGAUAUGGCCUUUCCACAUCAUUCACAACUAGACACUUGAAAAAGACAAGUGAAUCAGCAUUUUCCACCUCCACUUUAGAUACCACUUCCUCAUCUGGAUUUACCACACCCAUGAUAAUGAUUCCAGAUCCGACCACAGAAAGGAGACCGUCAACGCAAAGCGAGACAAUGACCACAAUUGUGCAUACACAGGCCGACAGUCAGUCAACACCAGCCCACAGUUCAACCUCAAAUGUUAUCCUUACGACAUUCACAACAAUAUCUACAAGUCAUCAGUGUAAUGAAGAGGACUGUCACUGUCAUGGUGCUCCUUGUUCUUUCAAUGACACUCUUGGCUUAUGUCAGUGCCAUUGCUCUGACUCCACUUUUGGAGAUUUGUGUAUUUAUGGAAGUAAUGUCAUCACAGUUUCCUUUGAUAAGGCAGUACCAACCAGAAAGGCAAAUGUCUCUUUGAGGAUUAUGAGGGAAUUUGAGACUGAGUAUGAAAAUAUGAACUCCAGCAAGUCCCAAAUAUUAAUCAAAACUUUGAUUAAGGAGCUUAGUGCUCUCUGCAGGAGAGCAGAUCCACACAAUUUUAAAGAUGUAAAAGUCAUUAAUCUAAAACCUGGAAGUAUUGUUGCAGAGAGCAUAGCGGAAUACACCUAUCCCAACAAUGCAUCCCAAAUUGAUUUCCUCAACAAUGAACUGGAACCCAUACUUAGGAAUAUCUUGAACAACACAGAUAACCUAAUGAUCAUCAGUCAAGCAUUUGAAAAUGUGCGAAUCCAGAUUACCAACAUUACCUUCCAACCAAUGGAAAUAAGGAAUAUUGCAGAUUUGAGGUCAUUUGUGGCCUGUCGUCUGGGUUUUGCCAACUACACAGAAGAGCUCUCUGAUGGCAGCUGGAAGUGUGUGGGGCCUUGUAAACAGUAUCCAGACUACUGUCAUAGACACGGAGAAUGCUUUAAUAAUGUUCAAAGUGGACCUAUUUGUCUGUGCUAUGAGUCUUCCCUGGAGCAGUAUGAUGGACCCCAGUGUGAGCGCUUCCGCAAGGGAAGAGGUUUCUAUGCUGCACUCUUUGGUGCGCUGGGGGCAGGCAUCCUCCUCAUACUUGUUCUCAUCGUGGUUAUCGUGGUCCUGCGAAGGAACCGUGGGGGACGAUGGAACAUUGACAAGCCACCUGCCAGAAGACUGAUGUCUCUCAAAGAGGACUUUUUUGACUUCACACAAAGAGACCUUGGUCCGUACCAUGGCAGUUCACCAGUCUACACAAAUACUGAUUUAGUUGACGAAGGCUGCCCAGGAGUAUUCAGCCUGCAUCUUGACAAUGUUGACACAACAUAAAAUGUACAUUUACAGGCAUUAUACUGUAAUUUCUGUUGUUUCAUGUCUUUCAUAUUUGUCCUAUCUUACAAUCUUUGCUAUGAAUGAAAAAUUACAUCCAGUAAUUCUUGGCAGUAAAUAUAAAAUAUAGUAUCUACACUAAAACAUCACACCUCUCUAUAUGUUAUAAUAACAAGUAUUUACAUGUAAUUACUUUCACAGUCUAGAGCACCAGCUGUUUAUGAUUCUCUAUUUUAAUGAAUACUAAUGUUGACAUUUUAAGUGAUAUGAUUAUCCAAAAUGUUUUCUCAGGUGAACAAUAAUAGAUUUUCUUCAAAAUAACACAGAAUAAAGUAUUCAAGCUGCCUAAAACGUUUAACCAUGAAUAAUUAUUCUUUAUAAUAUGCAUAAUCAUUGUGAAUCAAAUUAAUUUUGUACUGCAGCUAUUUUACUGGAAUUCAGAAGCAUAAAGGCUACACACUACUGUCCUUUGAGGACUUGAUAAAUAGAAUGAGAUCUAGAUGAACAAUUUCCUGGCAUUAAAGACGACCCUGUAUGAGUAUUAGAUGUGUAUGUUACAUCUGUUGACUAAGUGUAAUAUGUCACUUCUGGGCUUUGGGUUCACAUAUAUAUUUUAAUUUGACAAA